AUGGCCGAGCUGUACGUUUUCGGGGAACUGUGCCACGCAUCCGAGUACGAAGAACCGAACCUGUUCUGCAAGUGGAGCGUACAGUUUGGCUCCUGCUGGAAGGUAGUGGAAGGCCACUCCGAAGGGCAAAGCAGUGCCAGUUCGGCCCGGGUCGAACGCCGAUCGUACUUCAGCACUCCGAUCGACCUGCACCUGGCCUGCCGAGGUAUUCAAGGCUGGCCGAAGCUGCACGUCGAGGUGUUCGCUUUGGACUCACUCAAUAACUACUGGCCGGUCGGGUACGGAUUUGCCUAUUUGCCAAGCCAACCAGGACUACACCGAGUUCGGGUGGAUACGUGGAAAGUUUCAUCGCCGAAGUUUUUCGAUACGAUCCGGGAGAAGUUCCACAGCGGAGGAUUUACAGUGGCCAAAAGUGAUAUCGUUUUCUCCGGAAUCGAACGCUACAAGCUGCUGACUAAAACGUCCGGUUCGGUUGAGUUCGAGCUUAUGCUGAUGUUUAGAAACUUUGCCGAAAAUGGAGUUGAAUUGCAUUAG